CAAAAAUGUAAGUGAUAAAUGUCAAUGUUAUUAAUCAGAAAUAAAUUAAAAAUGACAGACAAGUAGUUAACGCCUAUUUAAAAAAUAGUAAUAAAUUUUUAAAUAAUAUGGAUAUACUUAAACCUGAACUAAUAUGGAUUGAAGGAAGGUGCUACAGAGUGAAUGACCCAACAACAGAAGUGACUGCUUUUCAGGAACACGAUUUGUAUGAAAAUGAUAUGCCUGUUGUUUAUUUGCCUGAGGAAGAUGAAGAAGAUGAUGGCUUCGAGGUUGUUAAGAUUGACAAUGAUAGAUAUACUACAAGGUUACAUGUUUCGAAGCAUUACAUAGGCUCGAUAAUUGGAAAAAAAGGCUCUAUGAGGAGCAGGAUAGAAAAAGAAACAAAAACAGAUAUAAAAAUACCAAGGCAGAGCCAGAAUGGAGAUAUUACAAUCUUUGGAUCUAGUAUUGCAAAUGUAAAGGCUGCAAGAAGAAGAAUAAAUAUGAUUGUGAUGUCAUCUAGAAUGAAACAGCGGGCAACACAUUUCAUAUCUAUUCCAGUCAAUGGGCCUGCAGUUAUGAAGAAUUUUGAGCAAUUCAAGGAAGCAGUUCUAAAAAGCUGUUCGAUGUGUAGGGGGAUUGAAGAAUCAUUGUUUAUUAAAGCACAUAAACUGCACAUCACCGUUGGAGUGAUGUGUCUCAUGGACAAUGAGGAGAGGGUCCAUGCCUCAAAACUCUUCACCGAAGCAAAGGAUAAAAUUGUGAUGCCAAUCAUACGUGAUUAUUUGCCUUUGAAAAUAAGACUUAAAGGUUUGUCUUACAUGAACGAUGAUCCAAAAGAAAUCGACGUGUUAUAUUGCACUGUACAAGAAGAGGAAGCACCUGUCGGUUUACUUCAAAGGCUAACAGACUCUCUCGUACAAUAUUUUUACAAAGCAGAAUUCAUGAAGAAAGAAUUUGAUCGUGAUAACGUUAAACUGCAUGUCACAUUAAUAAAUUCAAAGUAUAGAGGAGGUUCCUCUGAAGCGGUGGCAGAUGAAACAGAAGACUCUCGGAAUUACAGAAAGACAAGGACGACCUUCGACGGCUCUGAGAUCCUUAACAAGUUUGCGGAUUACGAUUUUGGAGUUACAGAACUGACAGACAUACAUCUUUCUCAGAGGCACACUAUGGGGCCCAAUGGGUACUAUCAACCUACAUGCGUUAUUUCUCUUAAAUAGGCUAAGGAUUGUUUAUUUAAGUUUUGCGUUUUUGAUGAAGAAUAUAAAGUUUGUUCAAAAAGGUAAACAUCUUAAAAUAAAACUAUGUUUUAAGAUC